AUGUACCAGGAGGACGUCCAGGACGCCAGUAAGGUUUCCAGAGACACUUUGUUUGAGGCCGUGAGGGAAGUCUUGUCAGGCUCGAAAACGAAGAAGAGGAAGUUUGUGGAGACUGUGGAGCUGCAGAUCAGCCUGAAAAAUUAUGAUCCCCAGAAGGACAAGCGUUUCUCCGGCACCGUCAGGCUGAGGACUCUACCCAGACCCAAAUUCUCAGUCUGCCUUUUGGGAGACCAGCAGCAUUGCGACGAGGCCAAAAGCGCGAACCUGCCACACAUGGAUGUGGAGGCACUCAAAAAGCUCAACAAGAACAAGAAGCUGGUCAAGAAGCUCGCCAAGAAGUACGACGCCUUCCUGGCUUCUGAGUCUCUGAUCAAGCAGAUUCCCCGUAUCCUUGGCCCCGGGCUCAACAAGGCCGGCAAGUUCCCCUCGCUGCUCACCCACAACGAGAACUUGAACGCCAAAGUGGAUGAGGUCAAAUCCACCAUCAAGUUCCAGAUGAAGAAGGUCCUCUGUCUUGCUGUGGCCGUGGGACACGUGAAGAUGACAGAGGACGAGCUGGUGUACAACAUCCAUCUGGCCGUCAACUUCCUGGUGUCACUGCUCAAGAAGAACUGGCAGAAUGUGCGUGCCCUCUAUAUCAAGAGCACCAUGGGAAAGCCCCAGCGUCUUUUCUAA